AUGGGCCUUGUUUACAGGGGACGCGAGGAGCCGGACGGCAACGAGAACCACAGCGAGACCACGGCGGCAGAGCUGCUGAGCAGGACAAAGCACACGGCAGCGUACAGCGCACGACGGCGUACAGCACACGACGACGGCGUACAGCACACUACAACGCCGCUACGACCCUCUGCGUGCACGCACAGAACGUCAUACAAGCACACAACAGCUCACACCGCGCACCACAGGCUCCGGCCCCAGGUACGACACGCCGCUCCUGCAACACCGGCGCAAACGAAAGAGGCGGCGGUCACGUGCGGCGCUGCGGCGCGGUCUGGGCGCGGACACCCACACACCGGGCGGCGGCGCCGCCGCCGCCCGUGCCUCCGUCCGCCCCCUAACGUCUCGCUCCGCUCUAUCCUGGAUUCCCGCGUCUCUUUCCAACGCUCGACGACUGUGCUCAUGCGGUGGGAUCUGGCAGCGCGGCCCCUUCGCUGCAUGGUGUCAGGGCACUCUUUUUUUUUUUAG